AUGGAAGGUUAUGUGGAUGAUAAUGUUAGACCUAUUGAUAAUGUUUUUGAAAAUGGUGUUAAUGUGUUUGGUACUCUUAUUAGCAAUCUUGAUUUUGGUGACCCUCUAUAUUUGCAUGCUAGUGACACAUCUGGUGUCCCUCUGAUUAGUUUGAAACUGAAAGGCACUGAAAUUUAUAAAAUUUGGGCUUGUGCAAUGGAACUUGCUUUGGAAACUAAAAACAAACUUUGUUUUAUUAAUGGAAGUUGUGAAAAACCUGUUGAUAAUGAAGUUCUUGCUAAACAAUGGGAAAGAUGUAAUUAUGUGGUUUUUUCUUGGAUUCUUGGUUCUUUGUUUGAUGAUGUGUAUUUGGGGCAGUUUUUUUCAAAAGAUGCAAUGGUGGUUUGGGAAGAACUCAAGGAAACCUAUGAUAAGGUUGAUGGUUCAAUCACUUUUAACUUACAUCACAAAAUCAAUUCUUUAACUCAAAAUGGCAACACACUUGCUCAUUAUUAUCACAGAUUAAAUGCCCUUUGGAGACAUCCCAAUGGAACACAAGCUAAAGUUGUGAAAAUUGGAAACUUAAAUCUUACUAAACACAUAACUUUAUAUGGUGCGCUUGUGAUUCCAGAGUAUUGUGACUUGAGAACAAGAAUAACUAUGGGGAAUGGUAAUGAAUGUGGUGGACUUUACUUGUUUGAUGAAACUGUUUAUGGUAAGAAUGAUGCUAAUUGCUUUAAUACUAAUCUUAUGUGCAAUGUGUCUAAACAUACUUGGCAUUCUAGACUUUGCCACCCAGUAGAGCAGAUGGAUCAGAAAUCAGUAGCUAUAUACCAUGUCAAUGAGAGGGAUACCAUUAUCGAAAAUGGAACGUUGCUAGGUGAUGCAAUACUACAGCACAAGGACGCACCACCUAUUGACUCAACUGCGCAUAGAAAACUAAACUGGUUGCGCUCUCAAACAAUUGGUAACAGUGCAGAGAUUUACACUCCCUUCGGAAAACGUAAACUCACUUAUGCAGAUCACACAGCCUCAGGACGAUGUCUUCUUUACAUAGAAGACUACAUUAUCCGUAAUGUUCUUCCUUUUUAUGGCAACACUCACACUAGUGACAGCUACGUUGGUGAUCAAACCUCAAAAAACUUUCACGGAGCGACGGAGUUUAUCAAGAAAUGCUUAGGCGGAACAAAAGAUGAUGGACUUCUUUUCUGUGGGUCAGGCACUACAGCAGCCAUAAAGCGCCUACAAGAAGUAAUGGGAAUUGCAGUUUCACCAAUUCUGAAACAAAAAGUACUAAACUCUUGUCUACAAAAUGAAGAAAGAUGGGUAGUUUUCGUUGGUCCUUAUGAGCACCAUUCUAACCUCCUCUCUUGGAGGCAAAGCCUGGCUGAAGUAAUAGAAAUCAGUCUAGAUAACCAAGGAUUGAUCAACAUGGAUGAUUUAAAGUCCCAUCUAGAGUACUUUCAAAGCACUGGGCGCCCAAUGCUCGGUUCAUUUUCUGCUUGCAGUAAUGUCACUGGACUUUAUUCUGAUACUCGUGCUAUAUCUCGCUUGCUUCAUCAGUUUGGAGCUUUUGCAUGCUUUGAUUUUGCAGCAAGUGGGCCAUACGUAGAGAUUGACAUGAGAUCGGGUGCUGUUGAUGGCUAUGAUGCCAUAAGUUUAAGUCCACACAAGUUUCUUGGAGGACCUGGAUCACCAGGGAUUCUUCUUAUGAAUAAGGCCUUAUACCAACUCAAAGAUUAUCCCCCUUCAACAUGUGGAGGUGGUACAGUUAACUACGUCAAUUACUUUGAUGAAAAUGACACAUUGUACAUCAAUGAUAUUGAACAAAGGGAAGAUGCAGGGACACCACAAAUAAUUCAACGAGUUAAAGCAGCUCUAGCCUUUCAGGUUAAAGAAUAUAUUGGAUACAAAACAAUAGCAGAGAUAGAGCACAUAUAUACUACAAACGCAUUAGAGAGACUUACAAAAAAUCCAAAUAUAUGGGUUUUGGGCAACACUAGAGUAGACCGACAAGCAAUCAUCUCCUUCCUUGUGCUCACAACUGCAACUACAUCAGAUAUUGGAAAUGUGGAUAAUAAAGCAGACGGGGGUAUUCAUAUGCAGAGCAAGAAAAAUAAAGACAAGCCUCUUGACGGGGGUUUUGUUGCUAAGCUUCUGAAUGACCUCUUUGGUAUCCAAGCUCGGGGAGGAUGCGCUUGUGCUGGACCGUAUGGUCACCACUUGCUAGGCAUAUCUGAGCCUCUUUCACUUGCAAUAAGAUCUUCGGUUGAAAAGGGCUAUAUUGGAACAAAAUCAGGGUGGACAAGAGUAAGCUUUCCAUACUACAUGUCCAACGAAGAAUACAAAUUUAUUCUUUCCGCGAUAGAAUUUGUAGCUACUUAUGGACAAAGGUUUCUACCAUUUUACGAGUUCAAUUGGAAUACAGGCUCUUGGAAGUUUACUAACAGCACUUUUGAUAUGACAAUCCCAGAGGAAAUAGUUUGUAAACUAUGUACUUUAAGUGUAUUGAAAAAGAUAGAAUGUAUAACAGAUGAUAUAUUUGCAUAUUACCUGGAGGUUGCUAAGCACAUAUGGAGCAUACUCCCAAAGUUCCCUUCAAACUGUACACUUCCAGAAGCCAUAAACCCCAGCAGUGUUUGGUUUUGGGUAUAGCUCUGAUAUGGG